GCGCAUGGUCUUGGGGGCGGGUGGCACUACGCACUUUGCUGUGCAUAAAGUAUUCAGCUUAUAUCACGUCCUGUUUCAGCUUGGUGGUAGGCAACUUGACUUAAAAACACGAUGCUGCGAGCCGCAUUGUCCCGAACUUUGCCUCAGAUCUCCGGGAUUUCAUCUUGUCGGUAUUCUGCUGCUGCCAUCCCUGCUCCAAACGCUCAGCCGGAAGUGCAUUAUAAUAAGCUAUUUAUCAGCAAUGAAUGGCAGGAUGCAGUGAGUGGACGGGCCUUCCCCACCAUCAACCCUUCUACAGGAGAGGUCAUCUGCCAGGUGGCAGAGGCUGACAAGGUGGAUGUAGACAAGGCUGUAAAAGCUGCUAAGGAUGCCUUCAGGCUGGGCUCUCCAUGGAGAAGGAUGGAUGCAUCACACCGUGGACUGCUCCUAAACCGCCUAGCUGAUGCCAUUGAGAGAGACACCGCCUACCUGGCGGAAUUGGAGACGUUGGACAACGGGAAGCCGUACGCUAUCUCCUACUGUGUCGAUGUCCCCAUGGUCGUCAAGUGUCUGAGGUACUAUGCUGGCUGGGCAGAUAAGUGUGAGGGAAAGACCAUCCCCAUCGAUGGAGACUACUUCAGCUACACCCGUCAUGAACCAGUGGGAGUGUGUGGCCAGAUUAUCCCAUGGAACUUCCCUUUGCUAAUGCAGGCCUGGAAGCUCGGCCCCGCCCUAGCAACAGGCAACACCGUGGUGAUGAAAGUUGCAGAACAGACGCCCCUCACUGCCUUGUAUAUAGCCAGUCUGAUCAAAGAGGUGGGCUUCCCACCAGGUGUGGUCAACAUCCUGCCAGGAAUGGGUCCCUCAGCAGGUGCCGCCAUUGCUGGUCACAUGGAGGUUGACAAAAUAGCCUUUACCGGCUCCACCGAGGUGGGCCACUUAAUCCAGAAGGCAUCAGCCAGCAGCAACCUGAAAAAGGUCACUCUUGAGCUCGGAGGGAAAAGUCCCAAUAUCAUCUUGUCUGAUGCCAACAUGGAGGAGGCUGUAGAGCAGUCCCACUUCGCCCUGUUCUUCAACCAGGGCCAGUGUUGCUGUGCCGGUUCUAGAACCUACGUGCAGGAGUCCAUUUACAACGAGUUUGUGGAGCGCAGCGUGGAGCUUGCCAAGAAGAGGGUGGUGGGAGACCCCUUCAAUCUUAAGACUGACCAGGGACCCCAGGUAGAUGAGGACCAGUUCCAGAAGAUUCUGGGCUACAUCAGUAGUGGGAAGAAGGAGGGAGCCAAGCUCAUGUGUGGAGGGGGUGCAGCAGCUGACCGCGGUUACUUCAUCCAGCCAACCAUAUUUGGAAACGUCCAGGACAACAUGACUAUCGCCCGUGAGGAGAUCUUUGGUCCAGUCAUGCAGAUACUGAAGUUUAAGGAUCUGGAGGAAGUGGUAGAGCGUGCCAAUGACACCAUGUAUGGCCUGGCUUCCGCCGUCUUCACCAAGGACAUCGACAAAGCCCAUUACAUCUCCAGUGGCCUCCGCACAGGCACAGUCUGGAUCAACUGCUAUAACGUUUUUGGAGCUCAGGCACCUUUUGGAGGUUACAAGAUGUCAGGGAACGGUCGUGAGCUUGGCGAGUAUGGCCUGCAGAACUACACUGAAGUCAAAACGGUUACCAUUAAAGUCCCUCAGAAGAACUCCUAAACCAUCCUAUGAGCCCCCUAAUGAAAACUGACCACAGGAAGUCAAUAGAAGGAGAAAGCAACAACAACAACAAAUAUAUGUCACAUUUAUCAAUUUAACUCCUUUCUGAAGAACUGUACUUAUUGCUGCAUGGCUUUGGUCCUACUUUAAGCAGCAAUGUUUCUGCAAUACCACCUUCAGACAACCUUCAGAAUAUGAUUCUUUAUCAUUUAUAUACCACCACAUGGUGUUCCACUUAAAGAUUCCUGGUAUUUUUAUAUGCAGAUUUGUUAAUGAGAGCUUGGAUAAUAAAUACAAUUAACAUUGUUA